AUGAAGUUCAUGUCGCUAUGCGCCAAAGUCCCUAUCUUGAGGGCUAUCCUUACUUCAAAGUUUGUUCUGGCGCUCAUCGGGCCCAAGACUACGGAUACCAGGGGUAUUGGGCCUUUGAUGCGGCUGUCCAAAGAGGCCGUGUCCAAGAGAUUCAACUCAGAUGCCAAGGACCAGGCAGACAUGCUUGCAAAUCCUCAAGCUUUGCACUCAAUACUUGAUUCCUACAAGGACUGA